UCACUAGAAGAUGGCGGACUGCGCUCCACUAUUAGAUGAGGAACUCUCGUCCUUUGUCUUCAAUUACCUGACAGAAAACUCCGGCAGCCAGUAUGGGGAGGAGGAGGUGUGUUCGGAUCGUUUGGACACUGACUUCCCGGACAUCGACCUCUCCCAGCUGGACACCAGUGACUUCGACAGCGUCAACUGUCUCAGCGAGCUUCAGUGGUGCAACGAUCAGGCGGCGGACGCUUCACCGCCCUCCAUCCACUACAGUACGGCGGAUGAGCUGUUUGAGAUAGAAGAGGAGAAUGCGGCCCUGCUCGCCGCUCUGACUGACAGUUUGGAUGGCAUGGUGGAUGCGGAGGUGGGCGGGCUCUCUGUGUUCCCCGCCCUCGGGGAGGAGCCUGACCAGGAAGAGGAAGAGGAGGACAAUCUUCCUCUCAGCGCAGAGGACUUCAGCCAGUCCCUGGGGGCCGAGACAGAGGACCCAUCUCUACUGAUGAAGCUGCUGCUGACUCCUCCCAACGUGCCCGCAGGCAUCGACGCACACAAAGACAGAGUCCACGGCCAGCGAUACAGCAACAGAAGCCUGCACCUACGGCCGGUCAGACCUCUUGUCAAGAGUGACCUUCGUCAGGAGCGGAAGCCCCGAGCUGUGCGUCCAGCGGGCCGCCUGUGCACCGAGCUCCACCGCCACCUCACCACUGCCCGGGACUCAGAGGACGCCCCGGCCCCUGACACAGAGGAGGACGAAGAGGAAGAAGAGGACGAGGACAGCGAGUCGGAGGAGGAUGAAGAAGAGGAAGGGGAGGAGGAAGAGGAGGAGUCUUCCAGCAGCGAGGUGGAGGGUGCGGCGGCCGUGGCUGCUGUCCCCGCUGAGCCUGCAAAGCCUCAGUUCAGCUCGGAGAAAGAACUGCGCUCUGUGGUGGAGCUGAUCACGUACAUGCACACCUACUGCCUGCCCACACGCAAGCAGCAGGGCUGGGAGCGUAAGGACCGGGACACCCCGAGGCCUCGGGCCAGACCUGAGGCCUCCCGCCUGGCCACCACAAACUCUCACAGCAGAGUUGUCUUGGUGGCUACUCCUGGGACUAGUGGGGGCUUAACUGGGACAGGCAUCAGUGCCCCCAGGAGGCUCCCCUUUGCGAGGCGAAGGGAGAUGAAGGCCAACUCCCUUCUGCGUGAGCUCCUGCAGCAGAGCAGCUCUUUCGAUGUGAGCAAGCCUUACAGACUGCACAGCCCCCCCUACUCCCACUCCCACAGCCCCAGCAGAGUAUCUGCUCUUUCUGCCCCGACUAAAUCAGCCCCAUCUCACCCCCCCAGCUCCACCACCCCUAAGCCAGAGCUUCGUAAAGACUCUUCCUCCCCUGAGAGGAGAAGCUACUCCUCAGAGGCGCCUCAAAGCCCCGAGGAGACAGCAGAGGACGGCGGCUCCUUCUCGGUUCGGCGCUCCCGCCGAUUGGCCUCCUUCCCCAGCCGCUUCGCCAAGAGGCUGCGGCCUGCACGGGCGAGGGAAGGAGAGGGGAAGGACAAGGAGGAGAGGGACGAGGGACGAGCGGGGGUCAAACUCCUGCCAACCCAAGCAGGAGGGGGGACAACGACGCAGGCGCAGCCAGAGCAGCUAACGCCAAGCGACGGCAGCGCCGGGACAACAGAGCCGACCAAACCUUGCUGCCACAAUGAAAAGCGAGCCUGUCUCUGUCUGCCUCUCAACCCCAAGUCCACAGGAGAGUCCCAGUACAGCACCAAGCCUUUUGAGCAGACGCUCAGUGUGGAUCUGUGUGGAACGGCAGGUCUCACCCCUCCCACCACCCCGCCUCACAAACCAGUAGAGGACGAGCUCUUUAAACCAUCAGAGGGCGGAAAGGGAGGAGAACGAACAGGUGGUGGCAGCAGUGGCGAUGGUGGAGGAGGUGGCGGCGAGGCCUCAAGCACCAACAGCGGCGUCGCCACAAAGGGCUCGUCCUGGCUGAGCCGCGCCCACCACCAGCGGAAGCUUCCAGAGCAAACGGAGCUGUACGCCCAGCUGCGGCGCAUGGGCCAGGCAGGUGACAGCGACACCCACCGCACCUUCGGCGACCACGACUACUGUGCUCUGAGCCUCGGGGAGAGCCGCAAGCGUAGCGCUGCCAUGCUCGGCGCCAUAUUGCAGGCACAGGGAGGGAGCGAUGGAGUCGGCACGCUGGCUCUCAAAGCAGCCGAUGAUCAGGUAUCGGAUGGAAACAGCAAGGAGAGCGGGGAAAGGCUGGUGGUGUCAGAAAUAGCAGAGCUGCUGGAGCAGCAGACGACGACGGUGGUGAUAUCGUCUUCGCCGCCGCCACACUGCCAGUUAGCAGCCGCCACACCGCCGGUCUCGGAGGAAGAGGCGGAGCGCUCGUCUGCGUCUCGCUCACCAUCGCCCAUCCUCCACCUGUGUCCUGACUCCCCCGCCAGCAAGACAGACUCCAGUGAGAACUCGGAGAUCUGUCCUGACGACAAGCAGAGGAACAAAGCCAAGUCUGAGGAGGACAACUGCCAGGUGUUUUACAUCCACAACCUGCCGAACAGCGUGACCCAGAACAUGCUGAGGAAACGCUUCCAGGUUUUCGGCAAACCUGAGGACUGCAAAGUCAUCAUUUGCAACGAGGAGCGCUGUGGGGUGAUCAAAAUCCGCCAGUCAGGGGUUCAAAAGCACUGGAGAGAGCGGGAGACAGUUUUCCAGAAUGGACCUGCGGGCCUGAGGAGGCUGACAAGGAAACGCUACAUAGAUCUUGAUGAGGCAGGCCCGGGCCCCGUCAAGAGCAAGUACGAUGCACUGGACUUUGACACUCUGCUAAAGGAGGCCCAGAAGUCCCUGCACCGCUGACAGCACAGCACCCCUGACUGGCCAGCCUUAGUAAACUGCAGCAACAACCCUCCAACUACACGGCUCUGCCGUCAGACAGGCCUCUUAGUACCUCCAUGCAAGGCAACCUCGCAAAAUGUUUACAUUUUUACCAUUGGAAUAAAGUAAUGAUAAGGACCUCGUUGUUUUUUAAGUUUCUUUCACCGGAGGAUACUGCUUAAAAUCGAGGAAGCCACUGGGAGUCCAGAGGAGUUGAGAGACAGUGGAGGAAAUAGAACUUUUAACACCAAUGGUACAACAACUACAAACCAUAAUGAUACAGCUCCCUGCUGAACAACAAUAACAAAGCUGUCUCUGUUGGUGACAUCAUCGCCCACCUUGGAAGAGCGGGCAUGAGAGACCUCUGUAGCGAAUCCUUGCUAUUCCUGCGUUGCGUUGGUCGUUGUGGUGUGUGUGUUUCUGCGUGUGCGUGUUCUUUGUUCUGUUUGUUUUGUAAAAAAAAGAAAAAAUCUCCCUCUUUCCGGUUACGGGUGGUGAGCCGACAAGCUAUGUUCACCAUGAAGUUGUGCGGUUAUAUAACCAGAACAAAAAAAAACAAAAAAACAACAACCCUGCUUUGUUUUAGCGAAAAAUUGUGGAUGUUAUAAAUUUUAAGAUCUAUUGUGUGUGUUAUGGACAAAGAAUAUAGAAAAAAACAUUUAACGUAAUCAUUUGAUGACAUAUAAAGUUUACAAAUCUAAAAUGAAGAAGAAAAAAAUCAUGUUUUUUUCUUUUUUGUAAUUGUAGUGCUUCCUUGAUUUGAUCUAUGCACUGUAAGGAGGUAAAUGUCUCCGCUGUCCUCCACUUUCCCCCUGUUGACUCUAAUCUCAAACUCUGCCAUGCUGACUAUGUUGGCUUCUGCUACUGGCUGCUGCAGGCUCUGUUUGGUAGGCAUUUGUUACAUUAAGAGCCCGACUAGGUCUUGAGAAAAAAUGUACCUCAAAAUAGUUUCCAACCCACGCCAAGUAAAGAAUUUAUUAAACAAAGACAUUCAAGACUUAUCUUGAAUGUUGGCAUAACUGUGAUCUGGCUUCAAAACAAGACAACAAUACAGAUUCUGCUGUAAUCAUCAAAAUGUCUAUUAUGUGAUAUAAAGAACUUCCAAAUGUGACCAAAUUAAAAAAAAAACAAAGCAAAUCCUGUGGUUGGGCUUAAAGUUCAUAAUCAGUAAGCUUCCUUAUUUAGAAACAUGGUUUUUCUUGUUUCACGGGUUGAUUCCAGGUACAUUUUUCCGACAUCUAGAGGCUUUGAUGUACCUUUGAUACUGAAGUGUGUCCAAUAAAGGCUGCUAACUGACACCUCUCAAAUGCCUCAGCCAAUGCAACACUUAACUGUUUACAUUUGGACUGCAGCAAGCAGGAUAAAAAUGGGGAAAUAAAGAUGGUAGCCAUAGACGCUUUUGUACUUAGUUCAUUGCUGAACUUAGUAUGGAAUUAUCACAGCCGCACUUUGCCCAGAUCAUCCCAGUCCAAUAGUCAUUACAGGGAAAAGUACUGACAUGAAAUUCAACUAUAUCAAUUGUCCAGGAAUCCUUUUUUCCUGGUGACAUUAGUGCUUCAUGUUGGGUUAGCUUGACAUUGGGUUUCAAACACAGACCAAUUUUCUCCCCGUAUUCCACCGACGGAACAUAACCAUUGCCAGAAGUAGACAAAUCUGUUGGUUCAGAUGGAAUGUAUUCAAGAAUCUGAAUGUAAUCAUCGUGCUUUCCCCAUUUCUGCUUGCCAAAAGAUUGUGGCGUUUUUGGUGCUUUAAAAAAGGUAGACUUGCUUAGUCAUCCAGCUGACUGCAUUGUGACGAAUUGUGCUUUGAAGUGCAGUCCGGGUAGCACCUAAUUUACAUUCCUGACGCAGCCAGUAGCACCCGCCGUGAAAAGGGAGAGAGCCUCCAAACCUGCCAAUAUGGUGGCGACAAACCUACACAGCCAGGGGACGAGCGAGGGAUGGGCUUGAAAGUAACGAAAAGAAUAAUCGGACGAGAAUCUCUUUUCUUGUCCGUGAGGUACUGUAUCAGCUGAGCAUCUCUACCUCACAUCCAUCCAUCCCUGCUCCCCCUGAGUCUUUAUUUCAUAGCUCUACUGGAUGCUCUCCCCUAUCCUCUUUUAUAAGUCUCUCACCUUUUUGCUUUUUGUCAGAAAUGUUCUCUGUGUGAGGGUUUCCCCAGCUUAUGGGUGGUUAUGGGUAGGUUUGAUUUUUUUUAUACUAAGACUCCUCCUACCACUAAACCCCUUGUGAGGGGAAUAAUCUCUAACUCCUUCUCUCUCUUUCUCUCUCUUUCCUUCUUUCCUCCGCUUGCCUCAUAACGGUUUCUAGCGUGUCCGUUUCUUGGAGUCUCGACCGUGUGUCCUUGUGUAACUGAGUGUUUUGUCUUUGUCUCGUGUUUGAGUCGGACACUGCUGACGCUUGCAGGUUGGUCAGGAGGGGUUGGAGGGGUUGAAUGGCGGCUUGGUGGCUGGUUGGUCCUUGAGUGCACUUGAAGGGGAAGAUUCCCCUCAUUUACUCGUUUUCUUCAGGGACACGCCAUUCCUCCCGAUUUCCCUAUUCUGCCUCUCCUCACCCAGGAAUUUCAAUACAAUGCAGCCCGACUCUUUCCCCAACUUUAAUCUAUCGCUUUCCGUCUCUCGUGGGUUCAAGGCUUUGUUUCCAGGUCUUCCCCAAACCCUGGUAAACUUCCCCGGCUUUUUAACAGAAAAUCCCUCUUUCCCAAUCCUCUUCCCUUCUCCUCUCUCUAUCUAAUCAACUCCUUGGUAACACACACAAAAAAUUGAAUGUUUACAUCACUCAAUUCUCCUUUGACUUUAUUAGGAACGCACACUAAGUACAAAGGCGCCUUAUUCAGUGUUUAAAAAAUAACAACAGCAAGUGAAGUGGCCUCGAGGCCUACCGUUACCUUCUCCAGGCUCACUGAUGUCCAAACAAAAACAAUUUAGUGCUAUACAUACUGAUUGAGAAACAAGGAGUCGACUUUGAACAAAGGAAAAAAAAGACAUUUUAACAACUAAUUGCAAACAACUGAAUGAGUAUUUGUGCUUAGUAUGUAUACUACUAAAAAGUGAGAGAAUGUGCUGGUUUACAUAUUAAAAAAAGAAUAUAUUAUAGUAUAUGAAUAUAAAAUGUGUAUAUAGCACUAUGCCUCGUUGUAAACAUAAAAUGUAUUGUGUGUUUGUUUGUUUUUUUAAGUGGCGGGUCAUUGUUGAUUGCUAAUCAGACAGGAGACGGUCAGGUCGGUUUAGUUCCAAUGAGUUCAUGUUUGUUCAGUACAGGGAGGAAAUGAAGGGCAAAAAUUUAAGUUGACAUGACUUCAGAAAAAGUCCAACACUGUUGUAAAAGACAAAAAAGAUCCAAGUAUCCCUUUAGACUAUCACACUAGAAGGUUCCCUUUCUUUGCUGUUUUUGAAAUGACUAAAUCUUUUUUAAUGUUUUUUUUGUUUUUUUCUGUUUUCUUAAAAAGCAAUUUGAAAUGCAAUACAUAAUAAUCUUAUUUUUAAGACAGCCUUUCCGAAAAAUUGAGGUAAUAAUGUACAGAUGAGUGUGGUUGGUUGUUGAACUACAACAUGGGCAAUCUUUGAGAGCUGCAGAUUCAAUAGGCUACUGUACUGUAUGUAGACUGCUGUUUAACACAAAAAAUCAUAAAAACAAACUACAGGAAGAAUGUGGUUAGUCGCGUCGUAAACACGUAACACAUAUACAAAACAAAUCGUACUGAUAUACUCUUGCACAAUUUACGUCCCAAGUAGUGAAAUAACCUCACAGUUCUUUCUUCUCAUUGAAAGGAAGCCAUUGUAACUUUGUUAUUACCACGUUUUGAUGGUGCACAGGUUUGUUCAAAUCUGAGUUUCAUUGAACACUUACUUGUAUUAACAGUAACAGCCAAUAACUAUACAUGUAUGACUGGUAACGGAAUGUGGGAGGGAGGAAAAGGAGAAAAAAGCAAGUUGUCGCUGGUUUGACCCAGAAUACGUUUCACACUAGUUGAUCCAGAUGAGGGAGACACUGUAGAAAUCCCAGUUUCACUGCCACGCCUCUGCUUCAUCCAGAAAAGAAAGGCUUUGGAUUAAAUCAUUUACAAUCAAAUAUGAGUUACACACGGAAAUAUGGCCCCACAAAUUUGUAAAUGCUGCAUUCCUUGAAAUAGUGCGAUAAAAAGCAGAAGUCAAGGGUGAUAAUGGGAGAAGAAAUUUGCCAUUUGAACUUAUGUGGAAAUUUUUCUGAUUUAUUUUUUCUUACUGAUGACCAAAAUGUUACCUUUUAAAAGGCUUUUAGUUAGCAAAUUGUAACUGUUUGCUAACCUUCUCACGUGGCAGAGUCAGCUCUUUUGUUCUGUUCCUUUGUUAUCUUUGUGAAUGAAGAGCAUACUUUAUAAUCUAAAAUUCAGACUUCCACAUCUUUGAGACCGAAAACACGUGGUGGGAUUUCUACAGUGGCUGCCGCUGUGCCUGUGAGGGUGCCGCCAUUGUUCUCGAGGUGGAAACAACCCCAUUUUUCAUCAUGGCAAGCCUUAAAAAUCAAUCGGGGGGGAAAACAAAGCUACCACUAGCUUUUAUUAUUACUGUUUCAACUCCUUUCCAAUCCAAUGUGGUUUAUUAUUAAAUAAUUACUGAUGUAAUUAAAACUUUUUUCAAUAGCCAUAUUAUAAAAAGGUAUAUACAUAUAUAUGAAUAUAUAUAUUUGUGUGUUUGUGUAGAUAUCUAGAUGAUUAUAUACUUUCUUAUAGAAAACUUUGAUGUUGACCAUUCUCCUCAGUGUUUUGAGAACACGUUGACACCGCUGUCCACUUGGUCUAGGUCCUAGAUCGAUGGACAACGAAUCCAAAAAAAGAAAAAAAAAACUUUAAAAAAAAAACAUCCUUCCAAAGGGAAUAACCCUCGUCAGAAUGCAAUAUCUUUCUUCCCAUUCUUCAUUUCAGAAAAAAAUGAAAAAUGGCAAGAAAACCAUAAAACUUGACAGGCAAGUUGACCAAAAAAUAAAACUUCAACAAUAUAGAGCGUGGCUUGUGACGACUGGAGAAAAAUGUGACGUUUUCGAUGGCCGCGUCAGAUUCAGUUUUAUAGAUGUCAUGUUUCCAAUGCCAUGGCCCACUGAAAACACUUCCUUGUUCUUAUGUCACUUACUGUUUCAGUUUCAGAAAACAAUGUAUCUGUCAGCUAGCUGCACCAUCAAAUUAGCCCCUACCAGGACAGGAGUGCUUGCAAUACCGGCCUCAGAUUCCACUUCAAUGUUUGAUCUGCAAAUGGUUGUGUCACAUUUCAACAUCAACAGUUGUACAAUACACUGAAACUAAUGGGUAACCUGUCAAACUUGAUGGCAACAGUGAUGUCAAAAAGGCACUUAGUAGGGACUGCAAGCUGUCAAAAUCUGCUAAAUGUGAGUGGGUGUUUUUUUGGUGGAAGAAAAUAUUUUGACAUAAAGGGCAUACAUUGUUUUUGUUGUUUUUCAUUACUAUUGAUUUUAUUGUCUAUUUACAUCUAAUGACUAUCAAAUUCACAUAAAUGAUUUUCUUCUUUUUUAACUUAGUUUUUGGUAAAAACAAAAAAAGGUAAAUACUGCUAGUGAGAUUUUAUAUUUUUACAUAUGUUGGUUUUAUUUUGCGUUUCUUUUUUUUUAUUUAUACGCCACUUAGUUUGGAUGUCUUUAAAUGGUGUUUUUUUUUCUCCGUUUUGUGUGAUUUCAUAUGUCUUGAGAAUGUGGAGACAAAGGCAUUUCAGUAUUUUUGAAUUGUUAAAAUCUAGUUUCAUAGAAGCGGAAGUAUCUGAUGUUAUAAAUUAUAUUUUAAUUCAUGUAAAUAGUUUAAAACAGAAGACUAUGGCUUCCUUUUAAACUGAAUACAUUUCUCUUCAGAGAUUGUUUACAUUAUGAAACUGUAGAGAUGUGCUCCUCAUAUACUGUAUAAAGUACAUAUAUUCAUUGAUUUGCCUCCAAAAAAUAAAAUCCUAAUGAACAGCA